UGGUUCGGCAGCGCCUUCGCAUCCCGUUGAAGAGGCCAUCUUCUGUUUCUAAGGCCGAGAGAUAGUCAGGACUGGCGUGAUAGAUUCGGGCGCGGUGAAAUCCUUCUGUCCUGCUACGCUGGCUGGCUGUCUUGAGAAGCUUUUCGCUUUGGGUCCAUGGUCGUGCGGAGCCACGCCACGCUGCCCUUAGGGGGCCGUGCUGACUGAACUUUCGGGCCGCUGUGCGUUGGCCGUUGGCCUUGCUUUUCUUGCCUGACGCUGGGCGGCGCUCAUGAACAAGGGAUAAAUGGUGCCGAAAGCGGACAGCGGCGUGUUAGCUCCUAUCGCCCUCCUCCUCGCCCUCGUCCUGACUGAGCAGCCCCGGACAGGUUCCCGGCUCACUGCAGCUCGGCGGCUGACAGAGCCGCACUGUCCUUCCGGGCAGUUCGAUUGCCGCAGCGGCAGGAUGCAGUGCAUCCCUAUGUCCUGGCGGUGUGAUGGCUGGACGGCCUGCGAGGACAGGAGUGACGAGCUGCACUGUCCCCCUACAAGGGAGGCGCGCUUCCACCACGGGAUCGGCUUGGAACAGGCGGAGGACGUUGUGGGCGUGGCCCAACCCAUACGCUUCAGUAGGAAAUGCCCCACCGGGUGGCACCACUACGAGCAGACAGCCAGCUGCUACCGGGUCUACCCCGAGAGCAAGAGCUACUGGCAGGCACUGGAGACGUGCCAGAGGGUAAAUGGCUGGCUGGCCACCUUUGUCACCAGCGAGGAGCUGCAGUUCAUCCUGCAAAUCGAGGUGGACGAGACAGUGUGCGGUCGCAAGGAUCAAUGCAAGUUCUGGGUCGGCUACCAGUAUGUAACUGUGACCAAGAACCACAGCCUGGAGGGCCAGUGGGAGGUGGCGAAUAAGGGUCCCAUGCAGGUGUUCCUGCCUCCCGAAGGCCUGACCGGUUUCGCUGAGGCCUCGCCCAGCCCGGAGAGCGUCUUCUGUGCCCAGCUGCAGCGCUUCCAAAUGAAGAGCAUGAACGAGCGUGGCCUUCACAGCUGGCACGCUGAGAAUUGCACCAGGAAAUUCCCCUUCCUCUGCAAGCGGAGACAGACGUGUGUGGACAUCAUGGACAAUGUGGUGAGCGAGGGCUACUACUUCACGCCCAAGGGAGACGACCCAUGCCUGAGCUGCACAUGUCACGCCGGCGAGCCAGAGAUGUGCGUGGCGGCACUGUGCGAGCGACCGCAAGGCUGCCAGCAUUUCCGCAAGGACCCCCGCCAGUGCUGCAAGUUCACCUGCCUGGAUUCUGAUGGAAACGGUCUCUUUGACUCCAUGGCCAGCGGUCUGCGGUUGAUGGUCAGCUGUGUCUCUUCCUUCCUUGUUCUCUCGCUGCUGCUCUUCACCAUCCACCGGCUCCGCCAGCGCCGCCGCCAGCAUAUUGAGACUCUCAUUGGGGAAAACUUGCACCCCUUUGGCCGAGGUCGUAGGAUGCCUGGGUUUGAGUAUGACCCGCGAGGGUUCGGAGCCAGCCUCGCACCCCUGCGGCUGUCCGACGAUGGCGCCGGUGGGGCUUUUCGCUUUCAUGAGCCGCCCCCUCCCUACGCCGCAUUCAAGUACCCUGACAUGCCACCCCCGGAGGACCCACCCCCGCCAUACGAGGCCUCCAUCAGCCCCGAUGCCAUGCUUUAUGUGGAUUUGGGAAGAGAUGGCUCAGUCACCACAGAUGGCCACCCCUCCAGCGUCGAGCCCUGCCAUCCUCAGCGAGCUACCCAAGAGGAGGGCUCCACAUCAGGGCGCCCCCCGGUGGAGCAUGAGGACUCUGUUGACAGCAGCACCUUCCUGGUGUCCCCGGAUACCCCGAUGGGUAGCACCAUGACCACUGUGUCCGCCCGUACCAGCAUCUGCUCCCUCAACACUAUCGUGUAGGGCCAGAGGCGGGGUGGGGCGUGUCUGGCAGGGUGGGGUAGGGAGCUGUGUGCCACGAAGUGAAGCCCUGUCUCUUCCGCAGGCUUCAGGUAAAUAUGACACAUUUGUGGGUUUUUGGCAGAGCUCUUCAAUGGAUCUUAGCAGGCUGCUGCAUAUGCUAGGUUGGCCUUUUUGGUGGGUGUGGGAGACCUGCAUUCUGAUGCAAUCUGUAGCAGUUCACCUUGGGUAUGUAUUACGGGGGGGGGGGGGGGGUUGCCCAUCAGGAGUGCUGUGUUCCGGUAUGACUUCACCACCACCUGCUCUGCCUAACUUUAGAUCCCUGUGGAACAUGGCACUGUGGGAGCUGCCAUCUUUGCCCAUCUCCUCCUGCACUCUUUCCAUCUUGCUGGCAGGUUGCUGGUUUGCAGGUAUCUGGUGUAUUCCUGCACUAGCCAUCGUCACGCAGGGUAAUAAUGGCUGAUUUGGACAAAGACCUGGGAGGUUCUGCAAACAUUUAAUAUGUGGUGCACAAUGCUGGAGACGGAGCUGUACUGUCAGCAAAUGCUGGGGGUCUGAGCUCUAAUACCUCCUGGGGGGCUUUGAGACAGAUGCACAGGCAGCUGUUCCGUCCCCCACAGCUCUUACUGCCAGGGAUGCAAACUAGUCAUCUUUCGGUGAAAUUUUGCCAUUUUGAGCCCAAUAUAGGGCACGUGUGAUUUAUGUAGAUCCGAUGAGUUUUUGAAAUGGGGGGGUGGGGGGGGGUCUGUGAGGAUGGAGACAUGGGUAAACAUAUCCUCUCCUGGGAAAAACAAAAAAGCUCCUGGCUUCAAACUCUCACUCGCAAAUGCAGCGUAUCUGUAGACUGAAGAGGGUUCGAUGAUUGCCACUCCUUGAAGUACAGUAAAUGCGGUCCAGCAUUAACCAAAGACAGCGAUCGUCUCCCAGACGCAGGUACGCAGGUGUGGCAUGCAGUGUGGGUUUGUUUAGUAUCUGUGAAACAUGACAGAGGGCAGUUACAGCACUCCAGAAAAGCCUGAUCAGCCUGAAGUGUGAAGUGUGGUCGUAUAUUUGUUUUAAUUUUUGUCAUCACCGCCUAUGACUUUAUAGCGAAGGUGAGGUAGGUUAACUUUUAGCUCAGUGUAUGCUAAUCGCUUGUCAGUAAUGUAAGCUGAAGCUUUCAAUGUUGCCGUCUCACAAACACAUGUCGUCGGUGGUGUAGUGGAGCUGGUGCUUUUCGCUUUAGCCUCAAAGCCAGCUGAAUGCCCGUUAGCUGCGGAUGGCCCAAUUGGUGUCCCAUUUGUAGUGAUUUUUUCCCCCCAAUGUACUUGGUUUGCUUUGGGCACCAAAUUGGGGUCAAAAAAUACAGCAAACUGAAAUCUGAUACUUUUCCAUUUUUGCUUCUGUACAUCCCUUCCACCUUAUUCACCCCUGAUGAGUUUGCACCCCUGACUGUGCACCCUGUGCCUGAGGGGGAGGGUUAGUGGGAGGGGACACAGCCAUCACAGUGCACAGUAAUAUGCUGAAGUCUGAAAUAACCAGCUGUUCUUGAGAGAAAAUCACAUCUGCAGUAACAAUGGCGCAACCCUGCUCUUCAGCAUCACUGAAGAGUGGAUGAUUUGUCUGUGAACAUCAUGCUGUUAAUCUGGUAUUUUUUGCUCCCCUUAUUCUGUACAUUAUUUAUAAACUCCUUCCCUGUGUGUGGUUGCGUGUGUCAGUCAUAGAUACAUAAUUGGUACUCGAUUGCACUCACCUGGAUGCAGAGGUGGCAACCUAAUGUACGCGGUGAACACGGUGCAGCCUGGACUCCUGUCAUCUGCACUAUGGAGAUCCUGCCUGGUUUUUGAACGGACUGCAGGCUGUGAGGCUGCCUCUCAACACCGGGUAACCAGGGCCUGUGACAGGUUACUGACUUGCAUUUGGAAUGAAGAUGUCUGAGGACUAUUCCGUGCUUUUCUGUUUCUUGGUUUGUCAAAACCAAGAAACCAAGUAAUGUUCCGCGUCUUCACAUUCUGCUGCAACGUGUCCUGGAGGGUCUAUUUCAUUUUCUGAUGAUGCAUGAUGUCCUUUGGACACUUAUGGAGGCACCAUAUUAUGCUGCGUUUAUUUGGUCAAGAGGUCUUUGGGCCAUUUUAUGUGUUAGAGGCCCCCCCCACUUUUUUAUCUUUAUUUUAUUUUUUUUACUACUAUGGUAUAUUGUGGACGGGGGGUGGGGCGGGACCUGUAUUGAUAACAUUUUGCUAAGGGAGGGUGGGGUGUUAUUAAAAUGUUAAACAAAGGUGGUUGAGGCCCCUUGUUAGUGAGCCACGUGGGCUUCAGUCUGGGAGAACCCAUGCAUUAAAGCGCCCCUGUCUGCGUCAGCCUGGGAGAACCCGUGCAUAAAAGCGCCCCUGUCUGCGUCAGCCUGGAAGAACCCGUGCAUUAAAGCGCCCCUGUCUGCUUCAGCCUGGGAGAACCCGUGCAUUAAAGCGCCCCUGUCUGCUUCAGCUUGGGAGAACCCGUACAUUAAAGCACCCCUGUCUGCGUCAGCCUGGGAGAACCCGUGCAUUAAAGCGCCCCUGUCUGCUUCAGCCUGGGAGAACCCGUGCAUUAAAGCGCCCCUGUCUACGUCAGCCUGGGAGAACCCGUGCAUUAAAGCGCCCCUGUCUGUGUCAGCUUGGGAGGACCCGUACAUUAAAGCACCCCUGUCUGCGUCAGCCUGGGAGAACCCGUGCAUUAAAGCGCCCCUGUCUGCGUCAGCCUGGAAGAACCCGUGCAUUAAAGCGCCCCUGUCUGCGUCAGCCUGGGAGAACCCGUGCAUUAAAGCGCCCCUGUCUGCGUCAGCCCUUCAGAGACCAAGUCUGACAUCCUUAGUGCUGAAACAGCCUUCCACAACUGCUGCACUUGCAAAAGUUUGAAGUACAUCUUUUGUGAUACACACUUUCUGUAAUCAUAGAAAAAGGAAAAUGGUUUUGAUAUUAAAAGUUCUGUGUAGA